UCCAAAAAGCUCUCCACCGUGUACGAACUCGACGGCCGCCGCUCCCCCCGCACCUCGUCGACGGUCCGCCGGUGUCCGGUCUCCGCUACCCCUCCUCCUUUACCUCGCCGAUUUCCCGCCUCCGCCUCCGCCUCCGGUCCUCCUCCUCCUGCACUGCACCUAGCCGAAUUCUGCUCUCCGCCACCGCUCCUCCUUUACCUCGCCGAUGUCACGCCGCUAUACCAUCACACUGAUCUCCCGCCUCCGAGUCCCCCGCCGCUGCUCCUCCUCCACCUCCAUCUCGCCGCUCUCACGCUCCUGGUCUCCCCGCGACGCCUUUGCCGCGGCCACAGAGCGCGUGCGCGCCGGCACGCUCAGCCCGGAAGAUGCACACAACCUGUUCGAUGAAUUGCUGCGGCAGGGCACUCCGGUCCCCGAGCGCUCCCUGAACGGCUUCCUUGCCGCCCUCGCCCGUGCUACGUCCUCCACUGCCUGCAUCAAAGAUGGCCCCGCCCUCGCCCUUGCUCUCUUCAACCGUGUGUGCAGAGAAGAAGCCAGCCCGCAGGUUGCAGUGCCCACCGUUUGCACCUACAGCGUCCUCAUGGACUGCUGCUGCCGCGCGCGUCGCCCAGACCUAGGGCUUGCCUUAUUCGGCUGCAUCCUCAGGACGGGCUUGAAGAUAGACCAAAUCACCGCCAACACCCUCCUCAAGUGCCUCUGCUAUGCAAAACAGACAGAAGAGGCUGUGUACGUGCUGCUUCAUAGGAUGUCGGAGCUCAGCUGUGUGCCUGAUGCCUUCGCAUACAACAUAGAUCUUAAGAGCUUAUGUAAAGGUAGCAGGAGCCAGCGGGCGCACGACCUGCUCCGGACGAUGGCAAAAGAUAGAGGUGGCUGCUUCCCUGAUGUGGUGACAUAUACCACGGUCAUCCAUGGCUUUUUCAAGGAGGGCGAAACAGGCAAGGCAUGCAAUCUAUUCCAUGAAAUGAUCCAUCAAGGGGUUGAGCCCGAUGUGGCGACGUACAACUCGGUUAUUGAUGCGUUGUGCAAGGCCAGAGCAAUGGACAAGGCUGAAGUAGUCCUUCAGCAGAUGGUCGAUAAAGGUGUUCAACCUGAUACAGUGACAUAUACUUGCAUGAUCAAUGGAUAUUCCACAUCUGGGCGGUUGAAAGAGGCUGCUAAAAUGUUCAGAGAAAUGAAAAGCCGGGGUCUUAUACCAGAUAUUGUUACUUGCAACUCGUUCCUGGCCUCCAUUUGCAAGCAUGGAACAAGCAAAGAAGCUGCAGAGUUUUUCGAUGCCAUGACUGCCAAGGGCCACGAACCGAAUAUCGUCUCAUACCGUAUUUUGCUUCAUGGGUAUGCUACUGAAGGAUGCUUUCCUGAUAUGAUUGAUGUCUUUAAUUCAAUGGAAAGCAAUGGUAUUGCAGCCGACUGCCAUGUUUUCAACAUAUUAAUUGAUGCAUAUGCUAAACGUGGAAUGAUGGAUGAAGCUAUGCUGAUAUCAAGUAAAAUGCAGGAACGCAGAGUGAAUCCUGAUGUAGUCACCUAUUCCAGCAUAAUAGCUGGACUUUCCAGAUUGGGUAGGCUGACUGAGGCCAUGGAAAAAUUCAAUCAGAUGAUUGCCUUGGGAGUACAACCGAACAAAGCUGUUUAUCACGCGCUGAUUCAGGGUUUUUGCAUAGAUGGUGAUUUGGCUAAAGCUAAGCAGUUGGUUUCUGAAAUGAUGAACAGAGGUAUUCCUCGUCCUAACAUUUCGUUCUUUAGUUCAGUAAUAAAGAGUCUCUGCCAAGAAGGAAGGGUUAUGGAUGCACAUGAUAUCUUUGACUUGGUUAUAGACAUGGGUGAGAGGCCUGAUGGCAUUUUAUUUAAUUCACUGAUUGACGGUUACUGCUUAGUCGGGAAGAUGGAUAAAGCAUUAAAAGUGCUUGAUGUCAUGGAAUCAGUUGGUGUUGAGCCUGAUGUUUUUACAUACAGUACACUUGUUAAUGGCUAUUGUAGAAAUGGAAGGAUCGAUGAUGGUUUGACUCUGUUCAGAGAGAUGCCGCGUAAGAGAAUUAAACCUGACACUGUUUCAUAUCGCGUAAUAAUGGUUGGGUUGUUUCGUGCUGGGAGAACUGUUGCCGCAAGGAAAAUGUUCCAUGAGAUGAUCGAGAGUGGAACAAUGGUGGACAUUUUCACAUACAAUAUAAUACUAGGAGGCCUUUGUAGAAAUAAUUGUGCAGACGAAGCGAUCGCACUGUUCCAGAAACUACGAGCAAUGAAUGUGAAGUUUGAUAUUACCACACUCAAUACCAUGAUUAAUGCAAUGUACAACGUUCAAAGAAAAGAAGAAGCUAAGGAUUUGUUUGCUACAAUAUCAGCCAGUGGGUUGGUGCCUAAUGAAUCUACUUACAGAGUAAUGAUAAAAAAUCUUCUGGAAGAAGGAUCAGUGGAAAAAGCUGACAGUAUGUUUUCGUUGAUGGACAAGAGUGGUAUAGCUCCCAGCUCUCGUCUGUUAAAUGAUAUUAUCAGAAUGUUGUUGGAAAAAGGUGAGAUCGCCAAGGCCGGAAAUUAUUUGUCUAAAGUUGAUGGGAAGAGCAUCUCACUUGAAGCUUCAACGACUUCAUUAAUGUUGUCUCUCUUUUCAAGAGAAGGGAAAUAUCGGGAGGACAUGAAAUUGCUUCCUGCAAAGUAUCAAUUUUUCGAUGGACUUUGUUGAUUUUGCACAAGACUCUGCUCAGGAAGCUUGAGUUUUUGCUUGCAUAAACCCUCCUGCCAGUAUGACCGUAUAAGAAAUCCAAACUGCCUGCUUGUAGCAUUGGGGUCAUUUAGCGGUGUGUCAAAAUCACAAGAGUGUGAAAUGUCUAUGAAUCUUUUAACCUUCGAUGGGAGUGGAAAGGUAGACCAAGUAGUCUAACACAGACUAGUUGGAGAACUUUUUGGGAGUAAGGACUUCUGAUGGCGACUGGAAGUGCUCACGCUGAAGUCUCCAAUACUCUAUGCUGCUGUCAGUAGGAUCUGUAAUGAGCACCAAGGCUGAGUGCAGAGAAAUGGGAGGCUGUACUCCACAAAAGCAGUAUUCGCAAUUUUGCACUGACUGGAAUUUUUGGCAGGACACAAGCUUGGCUACAACGAAUUGGCAUCAGGUAUGAAGCAGUCAUUUGCUUUCAAGCUCGGCUACAAGGAGGAUCUAUCUACUUCCGGAAACAAAUAUGCCAUGAUGGGUCUGCACUCUUCGGUGCUGUUUAUGCACCUGUUGAAGAAAUAUGUCAGUUACGUGAGGAUCGUGUUCAUUCUGCACUCUUCUGUACAGUGUUUCUAAAUAUCACAAUAAAGUGAACAUCGUCAUGUUUUUCCUCAAAAAUGCAGCCUCACUUCCUUUAUUGCAGUUAGAAGAUUUGACAAUUCAGUUGUUCAUCAGGAAGUUCAGGGAGGCUGUUUUCUUUAGCUCGUGAUCACUGAUCAGUAGUUCGGUUGUUUCAUUCUUCUCUUUUAUAGUAUGACUGAAUGCAAAGUUUUGUGUGUUUGUUAUUGUUGCUCGUUUGCUUCAUUUAAACGGUAUUGUUGUCAGGAUUUA